CGAGCUGCAGUUGUGGCCUCACUGGUUCUUAAAGCAGUGUUAAAAUAGACCGUGUCCAUCCGGAUUUGUGUCCUUUUUGAUUUUGCUCUGCUCAGCAGCCAAUGUGAGGCUGCAGCUACUCCUCCAUCAGCUUGUACUCAUCAGACAAUCACCACUGACUGGCUGCGGUUCAGAUGUUGGGAGACAAGGCUCACGGUGUGACUUUGAAGGUUAUGGAAUACACAUAUGAUGAUGACCUUGAAGAGCUGUGUCCUGUGUGUGGAGACAAAGUGUCUGGAUACCACUACGGUCUGCUCACCUGUGAGAGCUGCAAGGGCUUCUUUAAGAGGACGGUGCAGAAUAACAAGAGGUACACAUGUGCGGAAAACCAAGAGUGUAAAAUAGACAAGACCCAGAGGAAGAGAUGUCCUUUCUGUCGCUUCCAGAAAUGCCUCAACGUCGGGAUGCGGCUAGAAGCGGUGCGAGCAGACCGCAUGCGUGGGGGGAGGAAUAAAUUUGGCCCCAUGUACAAGAGAGACAGGGCCUUGAAGCAACAGAAGAAGGCUUUGAUACGAUCCAAUGGGUUCAAGCUGGAGAGCGCAGCUCCUCCACCAGCCUCUCCGCUGCAGACUGACUAUGGCUUCACCGGCACCCUGCACACGCUGCCCACCAUUUCCAAAAAUUUGCUCCCCUCCACCCCAAGCUCUAUCACCCCGACAGACUACGAGGCCAACCUCUAUGGACCCCCAUCCUUAGGCAUGGCCAUGCAGUCCCACAUGCCAAUCACUAGCCAGUACCAGUACACAGCCUUCCCUGGCAGGGCAAUUAAAGCUGAGUGUCCUGACUACACCAGCUCACCUGAGUCUCUGACAGGAUACCCCUACCCAGACAUGUACCCCUCAGCCUCGCCACAGCCGCCCAGCCUGCCACCGCUGGUGCUGGAGCUGCUGCGCUGUGAUCCAGAUGAACUGGUGGUGCAGAAUAAGAUUGUGGCUCAUCUGCAGCAGGAGCAGAGUGGCCGGGGCCGGCUGGACAAGCCCAGCACCUUCAGUCUAAUGUGUCGCAUGGCAGACCAGACUCUCUUCUCCAUAGUGGAGUGGGCUCGAAGCUGCAUCUUCUUCAAGGAGCUCAGGGUGGGAGAUCAAAUGAAGCUGCUCCAUAACUGCUGGUCGGAACUUCUGGUCCUGGAUCACAUUUUCAGACAAGUGCAACAUGGAAAGGAAGACAGUAUCCUGCUGGUGACCGGCCAGGAGGUGGAGCUGUCAUCCAUCCUGUCCCAAGCUGAGGUCACUCUGUCCGGUUUGGUGCAGAGAGGUCAGGAGCUGGCGGCGAGGUUGCGGGUGCUGCAGGUUGACCGCAGAGAGAUCGCCUGCCUGAAAUUCCUCCUCCUGUUCAACCCCAAUGUGAAGCUGCUGGAGAACCAGGCAUUUGUGGAGGGCGUCCAGGAGCAGGUGAAUGCGGCUCUGCUGGAGUACACCCUGUCCACCUACCCUCAGUUCCAGGAGAAGUUCAGCCAGCUGGUGAUGCGGCUGCCAGAGCUGCGCUCCCUCAGCACGCAGGCCGAGGACUACCUGUGCUACAUGCAUCUGAGCGGAGAGGUGCCCUGCAACAACCUGCUCAUUGAGAUGCUGCAUGCCAAACGAGCGUGAGUGUGAGGGAUGUGCGCAGAAGGCUCCACCGUCAUGUGCUGUUUGUUUAAGUGAGUCUGAGUGUGUAAGAGAGAGUGUGAGAGAGGUGAAAAAAAUCUAAGGAGAUACACAGGUUCGUACUGAGUCAUCUUAGUGAGUUGAGUUGAGUUGGAGAGGAGAAAAUGUUCUUUUGAGUUUGGAGUUAUAAAGUUCCAUCUGUACUCAAGGCAGUUUGGCUAUUUUGAUUGUUAAUGUUUUUAUAUCCUUGAGAGC